UUUAAUGUAAGUGGUUUUAAGCGAGAAUCCUCUCCAGUUUGUGGAAUAUUCUUCCAUAUUACAAAUUCAUUGAUAAAUUUUUACUAGUGUGAGCAUAUAUUUUUAAAAUGUGAGAUAUUUUUUCUCAUUAUAAUAUUUAAUACCAUUUGUCUUGUAAAUUGUACUUAAUCUAUGUCAUAUACUAAAUUUGAAAAAACAAUCGUGAAAACUAUAAUUUUGCAAUGUAUUUUUCAUAUUAUAAGAGCCAUCACGUGGUAUUUUUUGAACUUUUUUAUUGUAUUGAAUAGCGUCGCACGCAAGCAUGUAUAUCAUUUGCCUGACGUUAAGCGAACGAGAAGGAUCUUCUAGUAAAUAUGACGUUAGAAUUUCUGGAAACUGUUCUAUAUAAAGGUCAAACAAGAAGAAUCAAGUACUCAAACGCAAGAAAUAAAAAAUACCCCAAGAAAAGCAAAAUUACGACAAGAUGUUAAGGUAUUGAAACAAAAACUUAAAAGUCGCGAAAUAGUAAUUGUAAAUAUAAAGUCGAUUUUAGAUUUAUUAAAGAAAAAUGGCGAUUUUUAAUUGAAUUGAAAUUUAAAUUGCGAAAUUUUAAUGAUACUCAUGGUCCACUUAGAUAUUGAUUAAAAUAAAUUAUGUAUUACGUUGAAAAAAAAGAAUUUACUUAAUAUAGAGGAAAUGUUAUAUUAUAAGACUACAGAAAAUUAACUGAACUUAAUAAUAAUAAUAUAACCAAUAUUUUGUAAAUAGAGAUCAAGUACUAUGUGUAUCGUGUUAUGUGUAUUGACUUGUCAUUUAAGAGUUAUUUAAUUGUCUACAUAUAACAAAUAAAUGAAUUUGAGUUCAUUUCAUUUUAUUACCCAUUGUGUUUUAUUUCCUAAAAUGUAACUAGUAGACUUAAUAUACACGUGUCAUGAAAAUAGCACAGAAGUAAAAAUACAAGCAAUUUUAAAUCAAUUGAAGAUGUGAAUGUAAGAAAAGAGCACCCGAUACGCACAGACCAUGUGUGUUGCAGUGUGUCAAAUAUUAAUUUGCACGGCCCACUUAGCCAGUACAUUAAAGUAGGAAUUGCGUAAUUAAGUUCAACAUAAUAUAUUAUUUAAGUCGCGGUUGAGUAUUCGGACGUUAAACAUGAGUUUGAGGAAGUUUAAGUAAUAGAACUGAGGUAAUGAUGUUUGUAAUAAAACUCAGUGCUCUUUUCAGUGCGAUUUUCGACAACGCAGCAAUUUCAAAAAAAAACCGUCGGAAAAAAGUCACCAUGACGACGAAGCAAUGUUUAGAAUUGAAUUUACAUAAAUAAAACGUUGCAAGCACGUGUUUUGUAUUUACAUAGGGUUACACAGAAUUACUUAAGGUAAAUUCAAAACUGACGCAUGUGUAUAAUUUUAUCCUAUAAAAAAAAAUUAUAUGGUCACCAUAUUAGACAAGGACACCGCGACCAAAAAGUAUUCUCUUUCGAGACCGAUUUCUCGGCAUUAGACAGCACUCCAGUUGUAGGUACUUAUUAACUCCAUGCUACUACUAUCUAUAUGGAUAGGUACGAUAUUUUGUACGGCAGGUAAAGUGCUAUUUUCAAUCGGUAAAAUCUGUUUGUGGACAAUUUGUAGUCAUGACAACAACAGGAAUACAGUAUUUUGGUGUUGUUUUAAUCCUGAAUAUUUGUUCUCUUUAAAGCAAUGAUAAUUUACAAUAUUUGGACAGUUUUACAAUGGUACGUGAGACCAAUUUUAAAAUGGUUUUUGAGAAAAACGACUCGUCUAUGUGAAUUGCAAAGAAUAUGUUAUGGUGAUAUCGCGGGAGCUCAAAGAACGCGUAACGUGGAAAAAUCAUUGUCAUUAUCUCGUACCAAAGAUGUGAAAGAAGUAAUUUCGUUUCUAGAUAGAGUCGUUUUAGAAAAACAGUUUGUUCCUAACAACUUUCACAAUUUAUUGGAUCCAUCAAUUUCAAUAAUUAUGAGAGUGAAGAAAAUCAACCCAAGAUUACACAGUGCUUUUAUAUCUCCAUUUAGAAGUUGCUUAGAACAAAUCUGGAGCUAUAAAAAUUUAGUAAUUGAAGUUGAAGAACUGAGAACAAUACAAUUUGAUAGUAACAACAUAGAACAUGAAGAGAAACUGUUAAAAUUGUGGUCUUUACUUGUGCCUGAUGAAACACUUGAAUCACGGAUUUCAAAGCAAUGGCAAUAUAUUGGAUUCCAGGGUGAUGAUCCCAAAACGGAUUUUCGAGGAAUGGGCUUGCUUGGAUUGGAAAAUCUCUUAUUUUUUGCAUCACAAUAUCCAAGAGCAUCAAGUCAUGUACUGAGCCACUCACUACACCCUACAUAUGGAUAUACUUUUGCUAUUGUUGGUAUAAAUUUAACAGCAAUGGCAUAUUAUCUACUUAAGGAUGGUUGUGCUAAAACAUACAUGUUCAAUGCCAAGCAAUACUUACCUAAUUUAAAUUUAUUUCAUAGAUUUUAUUGUUUUCUUUUUUAUGAAUUUGAUAAAAUGUGGAUUGAGUCAAAACCUCAAAAUAUAAUGGAAUUUUCAGUAAUUUUCAAAAAGUUUGAAAAUGCAAUUCGUACAGAAUUAGCAGAUCCUGCCUCAGUAUUUAGAAUAAACAUUGAGGUAGAUAUAGUUUAAAUUUUUGCUGAGCUUAGCACCAUUGUUACUAGCAAAAUGAUGAGGACCAAAUAUUAAAUGUUACAUUUAUGAUAGACAGUUAAAUGUAUUUAAGAUCAAUACAAAAUCACAUGCAUUCAUAAUAUUAAUAGUUAUAACAUCAGGAUACUGAAAAGCACAUAGGUGACAUAGUUUGAGAUACAAAAUAUAGUGUUUUAUGUUUAAAUUCACUCUUAUGGUUCUAUUUAACAUUUCCCAGAUUUUAUUAGAAUACAUUAAAUUUUGUCACAAAAAAUUUAUGUUUCAGAGUAGAUGUUUUUAUAACACCAUAAAGUAAUAUUGAAAAAACCUUGUUUGCAACUAACAUGGAAGGCACUGAUCAGUUUGCUGAUAGUCACUAAGGUUUUUUUUAAUUCUUUAAUAUAGCAACUUUCUGUUUUUAAUGGUUUUUUGUAGUCAUUUUACAGGUAAUUGGGUAAUUUUCAAUCACAUAUUCCUAGUUUGUGCAUUGUUUGUUUUAAUUAGAAUUAAGAACAUAAAAAUAGUGCUUCAACCAAACAAGUAUUUAUGUCCUAAGCAACAGAUCUAAAUAUCAUCAAUUUGAAAAUUACCUUAUCUUCAAUUACCAUUGACAAGUUCUAUCAGCACAGUAUUUGGGUAGAAAAAAAUAAUGUUGACAGAACAGAAUAAGGUCCAAAAAACAGUUUGUUUUUUACAUAAUUGCAAAAGAAAGAAGCGAAUCAGAAAUACUAAAUUUUUCCUAACUAGUAGACCUUAUCUAUCUGCUGACAAUGCUCAUCCUGUUGUGUUUGGUGUUUUAUUCUUUCAAGCGUUAUUGUUCACAAGAUCUGGAAUGGUUCUCUACCAGCUACCUUCACUUUAAACUUUCUCUAAUUAGGAAAUGAAUAUUAUAAUAUUUUGUUCAUUUCCUCAAUGAUUUACGCUGUGUAGACACUAUAACUAAAUGAAUUUUAAAACAUCAUAUAUUCUGAAAAAUAUUUAUUUGUUGUAUUUGUUAAAAUAUAAAAUUUGAAUAAAUCUUAAAUAUACAUACAUCCUUACAAACAAAAAAUUUUAAACAAUUUUACAAUAGCACCUGCGCUUCUUUAAUAAAAAAAAUAAACCCACAUA